AUGGGGGUCACCUUCCUCCAGGCCAACCUCAACCACUCCGCUAGGGCGCAGGAUCUCCUCCUGCAAUCCAUGGCGGAGUGGGAUUUGGAUGUCGCGGUGGUCGCGGAGCCGUACGCGGUUCCCUCCCUGCCCCACUGGGCGGGGGAUCUGGAUGACCUCGUGGCCAUCGUGGCUAGGCCUGGUGCCGCCCCUCCCCUCGCGAUUAAGAAGAGAGGGAACGGCUUUGUGGUGGCGGUUCGGGGAGAGUACGCCAUAAUUGGUGUUUACUUCUCCCCGAACCGGGAUUUGCCGGCCCUGGAGCGGUUCUUGGAUGCCCUGGGGCCGGAGAUAAGGCGGUUAGCGCCCCUAAAGGUCUUCGUGGCCGGUGACUUCAACGCCAAAUCAACGGCGUGGGGGAACCCGGCCACGGAGCCCAAGGGGCGAAAGGUGGAAGAGAGCAAUCGUUGCGCUAAAAUGAACGGAACUCAAUUGCGGGACGCCUCCGGGCGUUUCCUGAAAAAGGGCCCUUCUCAGGGCCACCCAAACGGCCCUUCUCAGGGCCAAUCAAACGGCCCUUCUCAGGGCCAACUAAAGGGAAGGAGUGGAAAGCGUGGGGGGAAGAGUUUGGUGGGGGGAGAGAAAAGUUCGGGCGGGAAGGACGGAAGUGAUAAGGAGCGGUCCAGGCCCGAACAUGAAGGAAGUCGCGGUGGAUCGGAAGGGGAAGGAACGGUCCAAGGAAGGCUGUGGAAUCCGCUGGGAAGUGUGGGCUCCAUCACCUCGCUGCCCGAAUCGGUGCUGGGUACCAAGCGCCUCUACUCAGAGGUGGCGAGUGGGUCCGGAUCCGGUUCGGACACGGAGGUUGAGUGGACACGGCCGGAAAUAUUGUCGAAGGCAAAAAGGGGGAAGGCUCGAGGUGCCUCGAAUAUGACGGGAGUCCGGGCUGAAACGCGAAGGAGUCGGGAGGAGGAUGUGGAGGCCUCCUUCUCAGCCACUCUGGGGACUCGGGCCUUCCGGAGGGGAGAACACCCGAGUGGGGACGAAGGGUCGGAUGUGGCGCCCAUUGAGGUACGGGACUUCAGUGCCCUGGGUGCUGAGGGACUUAUGGCCACCGCGGUGGAGAGGCUGGGAAUUAUAACCAGCCUCGUCAGAAAGACCACCUCCCUCAAAGGGGGCUACAGCGCAAAAAUUUUGCGGGCCUCUACGGACAUCAGGGAUAUUAUGGACACCCUGGUGUCGCGUAGUGAGUCGGAUGAGGUCCGGCGUCUCAGAGCCGAUAACGGUCGUCUCCAAAGAGAGGUGGCCAACAUGAGGGCAGAGGUCGCUGCGCUCCGCAGUGGGUUUGAGGAGGCCCGCCGAGAGGCCAGUCAGGCUGCGCGAGCUGCGGAACAGCGGUCAGGUGCACCUGCGGAGAAAGAGCUGAUGGAGAGGCUGGAGGCUUCCAUAGCCAAAAUGAUAGAUGGCCGCCUAGCAGAGCUGAAGACUUGCCUCCCUCGGAUGGUCACCCGCCCACCUCUGGCGGGUGACAGUUCGAGGGUGGCGAGGGCCACUAGGGCGGCCAUUGCGGAGGCCUCCGGCUUGAGUCCGGCGCUGCUGCCUAAGCGGACGGGAAUGGAAGGCCGUAGAAGGGAAAGUGCUGAGGAGGGGAUGGAGUGGGGGCCGUCGACCUCUGCAGUUCCGGACGAGUUCCCGGAGCUCCCUGGAGUUGAGGUUGGGCCGACGACCUCGGCAACUCUGGUCGACGAAUCCCCGGAGCUCCCUUGGGUUGAAGUUCGGAGGAGGGGUAAAGGAAAGGGAAAGGGCAAAAAAUCUAAGCCCAAGCCUGCGGCGGUACCCAAGGGGCCCCCCGCGACCGUGCCCAAGCCUGCGGCGGCACCCACGGGGGCGCCUACACCUGUGCCCAAGGAGUCCCCCAAGGCGGCGCCACUGAGGGUGGUGAAAAAACUGUCGGCCCCUAGCUCCUCGGCUGUAAUUCUUAAGUUACAGCCGGAGGCAGUGCAAAAUGGGGCCACAUACAGUUCCGCCCUCCUCAAGGCCGAGCAAGAGGUGAACCUGGAGGAGCUGGGCAUUGGCUCGCUUCGGAUUCGCCCGAGUGCGACCGGAGCGAGAUUAAUUGAGGUCCCCGGCUCCUCUAGCUCAGGCAAGGCGGACGCACUUGCUUCGGCCUUGAAGGUGGCCCUGGCCGGCGUCGUGGACGUUUUCAGGCCCGUCAAAACUGCGGAUUUCCGCGUGACGGGACUGAAUGAUGCGGCAACGGCGCAGCGGAUAAAGGCUGCGGUCGCGCAAGCCGGGAGCUGCACGGAGGACCAGGUCUGGGUGGGUGAAAUCCGCUCAGACUGGCGGGGCUCUGGCUCUGCCCUGAUGCGCUGCCCGGUCACGACGGCCAAAAAGCUGAUCGAGGCGGGCAGCCUCACGGUAGGCUGGAGCCGGGUGCAGCUCCGGCACCUGGAGGCGCGCCCCAUGCACUGCUACAAGUGCAUGGGGAAGGGGCACACUGCAUCGCUGUGCCCCUCGCAGACGGACCGCAGCCGGCUCUGCUAUAGGUGCGGGGAGACAGGGCAUCUGUCCGCCUCCUGCACAGCGGAGCCCCGCUGCGCGGUAUGCCGCGACGCCGGCAAGCCGGCGGGCCACGUGAUGGGGGGUAGGGCCUGCAACCCACCCCCGAUCCGAGGGAAAGGACCGUCCCCUCCUCCGCGCGAGGGAAGGCAAGGGGAGGCGCCAGUCGGCCAAAUGGAGGAGUGA